CUGCAAUUUUUAUUCAUUGCCGGUUUAUGACUUCUGUGGAGCAUUGCGCUUGAUCGCGCUCUCGAGUUUCGAAAAGAGAAGAGCUUUACAUCGCAAAAAUGAGUAGGCAUCAUGAACAUGAGAUAAGUGAACAUCCUGAAAUUCAAUGGGCUCUAGAUCUACUCAAACCAGAUCCGUCUUAUGAGCCCUUUUUAUUGCAAAAAUAUGCGAGUGAAAUAGUGUGCAUUGGAUCUUGCCUCGCAGGUGUGUGUUUGCAUAGGUGGUUCAAUCGUAGGCCGGUUUUUUCGGGGAUACAAGGGCAUAUUGCAUCAAUAGCGGGAGGAUAUUUUGUAUCGCAAAUUGCAAACAGGUUGGUCGAGACAUAUCAUGCGGAACAUGAUACCAGAUUGAGAGAUUACAUUAUACGACACCCAGAACUCUUUCCUGAGCCAGAACGUGUAAAAUUUAGUGAAAUACUCGAGGAAUGGGCUCCAAUACGCUAGGUAAUUAUUUAUACUCUAUUAGAAGUGACAGCAUUCGUGAUUGUGUAUUCUCUUAUGUAGACAGUGCAAUGCAACGAAUGUAGAUGUACUGUGUCCACGUACUUUAUAAUGUACAUAAAAUUGCUUAUUGUUACAAUUAAUAAAAAUGGGAUAUAUAUUAUUUUCCGAAAGUAGAACGAAUAAAAA